AUUAAAAAAACAAUAUAGUGCUGUAGUACAUCAGUAAACAGUAUCUAUAGUGUACAGUGAAUAGGUAGUUCCAAAAUAUGUCUAAAGCAAUUUUCUGUCAUAAUUGCCACUAUAACUGGAAAACUUAACUUCUCUCUUCUUUUCUCAGCCCUUAAAGGGUGUGAUGUCAACCCCUCCUCUCCCAAGGCUUCCCAUCAAGAGUUACAGACUAUGGAAAUCUUUCUAUGUCUGGCACAGAAAUGUUCGUGCCAACAAGAUGACUUUGGCCAGGAAGUCACUACAAAAAAAUUUGUUUAUUGUCAUUCCGAAUCUAAGUCCUGCACUGAUGGAUAUUAGGAAAAUGUGCUGCCAACUUAUUGAAACGGGCUUCUGUCACAUGAAGAAAAAGUAUGCAUACACACUGCAGGAAUUCCAGGACAGUAAGAUCAAACAACUACGAGAGGCAUACAGCGACCUGAAGAGGUUUCAUGAACUAGUAAAGGAGAAGACAGUUUAUACCUGUGGCCGCUACUUGAUGGAUGCUAAAGCUCGUGUUGGUGCGUACAUGAUGUGGAUACUAUUUAAGACACACACUGGUGGCCAUGAACUAAUUGCCACUGUGGCUAUAUAAGCCACAUAGGUUAACCUUGGUUUCAAAGCCUUUCUGAGCAGGUUGGAACUGGAGAGAUGGUCUCUUCACUCUGAGAAUCUGGUUACAAUGUAACCAACUGUUCUCUUUCAUCUCUCUGUCUUACAUAUUUCAUAUUUAAGAGUCCAUAUGAACUCCAUGUGUCCAUAGGCUCAUAUGGACUCUGUAUAAUUCAAAGACUUCCUUCAGUGGGCUC